AUGGCGCUUUCUGCAGCAAAUGGAACUCCUACCCCUGUGGAUCUCCCAGAGGAAGUGAGCAAGCCUCCAGAAGGAGUUGUUUUGCCACCAAAAGACAUCAGAAAUCGAGUUCGUGAAAAGGAAAGCAACAAUCCAAAAUUCUCCUUCUUAAACCCCGGCGAUCCUUAUGCCGCUUUUUACAAUUGGCGACUCAAUGAGAUCAAAGCUGGCAGGGGCACAGCGGUAUCUUCUGGAAGGGCGGCCGAGCCGGUAUCACAACCCGAGGAAGAGAAGCCCAAGGGGCCCGAGGCGCCCCCAGAAUUCCAUUUUUCUGCGCGUAUGCCGAACAUAAAUGCCUUGGAUCUUGAGGUAGUCAAGCUGACGGCCCUGUUUGUCGCCAAGCGAGGAAAAUCAUUCAUGACAGCGCUAUCGCAACGUGAAACGCGGAAUUACCAAUUCGAUUUCUUACGUCCACAACACAGUCUCUAUCAGUUUUUCACCAGGCUGGUAGAUCAGUAUGCGGAGCUGCUUCAGGUAAAUGGCGCUGAUAGCGCCAAUGCGGAAAAGGAACGCAUCGCUGAAUUAGAAAGGAACGUGAAGAAUAAGUAUCAUAUCCUUGACCGGGCGAAGCGUCGGGCGGAAUGGGUGAAAUACCAAGAGCAACAAAAACAAAAGAAGGAAGAGGAGGAGGAGCAAGAAAGGAUGGCGUAUGCUGAAAUUGACUGGCAUGAUUUCGUGGUUGUCGAAACUGUGCUGUUUACAGACGCUGAUGAUCACACUGAACUUCCACCGCCUACCUCGCUGCACGAUCUCCAAACCGCCUCCCUGGAACAAAAGGCUAUGAUAUCUCUGGCACCAGCAAACAGACGCAUUGAAGAAGCCUUGCCCACGGAAGAUGAGACGGCAAAUUAUUACAACGCCUACCCUCAACCAUCACACAUUCCCGUUCCUCAACCCCCAUACGUACCCUCGCCAUCUCCCAUCCCAACUCAUCAUGCACCUUCGAUGCCCACCCAGCCCUCGCUUAUAUCCCCUCAAGCGGCCACCCCCAUAUCAACGCCCAUCCCACCCGUCCCUGUUGCCACCACAAUCCCUGAAGAAGUCCGUGCUGUGCCUACUCCCCCUCCAGCCGUGCCCGGCCAAGCCCCUAUGCGCAUCCGCUCCGAUUACGUCCCACGCGCCCAAGCCAAACGUCUCAACACCGCCACCGUCCCCACCUCCAUCUGUCCAAACUGCAAACAGCAAAUCCCCAUCGCAGAAAUGGAACAGCACAUGCGCAUCGAGCUGCUCGACCCACGCUGGAAAGAACAGCGCGCAAAGGCAGAAGCGCGCUACGCAACUACCAACCUAUCCACUGUGGACGUUGCAAACAAUCUCAAGCGCCUAGCCAGCCAGCGAAGCGACGUGUUCGACCAAGUCGUCACGCCUGACAACCGGCAGCCGGGACAGCAGGAUGGGUCCGCCCUGGAUCCUGAAGAAGAGGCUCGACGGAAGAGAGUUGCUGUUAGUGGCGCUGUUGAUACUGCUGGGAUGACCAUGCCCAUGCCCAUGCCAAUGACCGCACCUGCGCCAGGCUCCAUACCAGCUGCCCCUGGGUACGGUGCCGGGCCGCAGGCUGUUCCGCCGGGAAUGCAGCAGAGGGUUGGUGGUCCACCGCCACCGGGGCAGCCUGUUAAUAUCGAAGAGCAGAUUAGGCAUAUCCAUCAGAAGUUCAAGCAAUGA